GGCCAAAAGCACAAACCGUUUGCUUGCGUUGGCUUUCUUUUUCUCCCUCCAUAGUCAAAGUGGGAAGACGAGAGAAGCGAGAGCAGAGUGGGGGUGAUCUUUUGGCGCCCUUUCCUUUAACUUUCGCCCAUUUUCGCCUUCUAAGAUUCUCGUACCUUUAUCUUUCUUCUCUCAUACGCUGGUCACCACCGUGCCACGACUUGUUCUGUUCAAUGGCGUCCGGGGAACAGCUAUCUGCAAUUAAGGAUGCGAAAGUGCUUAUGGUUGGUGCUGGUGGUAUCGGCUGCGAGCUUCUCAAAACCCUAGCUUUAUCAGGCUUUCAAGACAUUCACAUCAUUGACAUGGACACAAUAGAAGUGAGCAACCUUAAUAGGCAAUUCUUAUUUCGUCAAUCACAUGUUGGCCAAUCCAAGGCAAAAGUUGCUCGUGAAGCUGUCCUAAGAUUUAGGCCUCAGAUUAGCAUUACACCUUACCAUGCUAAUGUCAAAGAUCCUGACUUUAAUGUUGACUUCUUCAAGCAAUUCAAUGUCAUUUUAAAUGGGCUUGACAACUUGGAUGCUAGGCGACAUGUGAAUCGCCUCUGUUUGGCAGCUGGUGUUCCCUUGGUGGAAAGUGGUACUACUGGCUUCUUAGGACAGGUCACUGUUCACAUCAAGGGUCAGACUGAAUGCUAUGAAUGUCAGCCAAAACCAGCACCAAAGACUUAUCCUGUGUGUACUAUCACAAGUACUCCAUCUAAGUUUGUCCACUGUAUUGUAUGGGCAAAAGAUCUGCUUUUUGCAAAGCUGUUUGGGGACAAAAACCAGGAUAAUGAUCUGAAUGUUCGUUCCAAUGACACUGCCAGCUCAUCAGACAACUCAGAAGAUGUUUUUGAACGAAAAAAAGAUGAAGACAUGGAACAAUACGCAAACAGAAUCUACAACCAUGUGUUUGGACACAACAUUGAAAGCGCAUUAUCCAAUGAGGAAACAUGGAAAAACCGCAACAAACCUAGGCCUAUUUAUGUCAAAGAUGUUCUCACUGAUGAACCUCUUCAACAACUGAAUGGAAAUCUCGAAACUGAUAAUAAUAAUUUCUCCACUCUAUCUGCAAUGUCAUAUCUUGGUUUGAAAAAUCCUCAGGAUAUUUGGAGCCUUAAAGAAAAUUCUAGGGUUUUCUUUGCUGCUUUGAAAUUGUUCUUCUCCAAGAGGCACAAGGAGAUUGGGAACUUGAGUUUUGACAAGGAUGACCACAUGGCUGUGGAAUUUGUAACUGCUGCUGCAAAUAUUCGUGCAGCUUCUUUUGGGAUUCCCUUACAUAGUCUUUUUGAAGCCAAGGGUAUUGCUGGAAAUAUUGUGCAUGCAGUUGCCACUACAAAUGCUAUUAUUGCAGGUUUGAUUGUGAUAGAAGCAAUCAAAGUUUUGCAGAAUGAUGCAAAGAAUUGUAGAAUGACAUAUUGUCUUGAACAUCCUGCAAGAAAGAUGCUUCUUAUGCCUGUUGAGCCAUUUGAGCCGAAUAAAUCUUGCUAUGUUUGCUCAGAGACACCUUUAUUGCUGGAAGUGAAUACCAAACGUGCAAAACUGAGGGAUGUGGUGGAGAAAGUUGUGACAUCAAAACUUGGCAUGAAUCUGCCAUUAAUAUCUCAUGGGUUAAACCUUCUUUAUGAAGUUGGUGAUGAUUUGGAAGAAGACAUGGUUGCUAAUUAUGAAGCAAAUCUUGAAAAGGUGUUAUCCGAGCUUCCAUAUGCAAUAACUGGUGGAACAGUUAUUACAGUUGAGGAUCUUCAACAAGAGCUUGUAUGCAGUAUCAACAUCAAACAUAGGGAGGAAUUUGAUGAAGAGAAAGAACCGGAUGGAAUGGUGCUUCACGGAUGGACACAAGCUCCAGCCGUCGAAAAGAAGGAUGCAGCCGCCACAAAUGGCGCAAGUACAUCGACUACAUCAAACUCAGUUCCAAACAACUUGGAAGAUGACGAUGACCUAACUAUUCUAGAAUCCGGAGUCGAGACCAUUUCUUCCGGAAAGAAACGAAAGCUGUCUGACGUGUCAAAUCCAGAAGAAAAACGGGCCAAAAAGGUACCCGAACAAAUCGAUGAUGACAUUGUUAUGCUUGAUGACAUCAGCAAGGAAAAUGAAAAUUCAAGGUAAUUUUCAGUUAGAGAUUUGGAUUCUAAUUUUUAUAUCAUGAUGAUGGAUGGAGGAAUAUCAAAUAUGGCCCUUUUUGUUUAUCGGUGUAACAGGUAAAAAAGGUUUACAGUUUUUUUUUACUGUGGGUUGUUUUUACUUGUUCUCUGCGUUUGAAAAAUUAGGAAUUUUUUUUUUUUUAAAUUUAUUUUGGGUGUAAGUAGAAAACUGGAUAUGAAGAUGGUAACAAUAGGGACUUUUUUGCGUGAUUAAAUCCUGACCGUUGGUUAGUGGCUCUCGAUACUUGUGUUUCAAUGAACAAGAAGAGUAAAGAGACAGGGUAACAUAGGGUAGAAAAUGCAUUAUCUUGUUAAAAAAAGAUGUUACUUUGUUAUUAUACUGUGCAUGUAUUUUGUGGAAAAUAUUUCACACUGUUCGUUGCGUUGUGAAAA